AUGGCGAGCCCAAUGACGCCGUCCCAUGUUGUUAUUGCCUAUGAUGCGACCAGGGACAGGGGUGAGCCGGAGCUUAAGCUCACUGUCGAUAGUCUUCGAGUGAGGGGUGACAUUUUACGUUCAGGAGAUACCAUCAUUUUGCUGGGCGUCUUGCACAGGGUGGUUCACCCCAUGGGAUUUCAUUCAAAACCAUUCCCAGAAUUUUUUGGAACAAGCAUUCGUGCAGUGGAGGAAGAAGUUACAAAGAAAGUUGACGUGUAUGUUAACAUGCUUCUUCAAAGUGCCGAAAAGUGUGAGAAUCAAGGGGUCAGCGUUGAAGUCAAAGUUACUGCUGGUUUUCCCAUUAAACAGGUUAUUUUGCAAGAGAUUAUGGCCUGUAAUGCAGCUUGGGUUGUGCUUGAUAGGCACCUUAGACGGGAUAUGAGGUUCUACCUUAAGCAGAUACCUUGCAAGGUUGCAAUAAUUCAAGAUAGCUUGGCUGUGGAUGUUGUGAGACCUCAUACAGCAGAUGAUACUGAUACUAUAGAACACAAAUUGUUUUAUUCAUUAUCCAAGCCUGUUCCACCAUUCACUUGUCGAGGUAAUGGAAACAAUGAGCACUCAUCCAUCGCUUGCAGAAGCUGCUCUGUAUCCGUUGGUGCACUGGAAAGCUCUGAUAUGCUUAAUACCAACUUGAUAACUUCAUCUACAUCUAAGUUACGAGACUAUAGUCCUUUGUUGGAUCUGUCGUCUUCCUCUAAGCAAGAAAAUUCAGGCACAAAAACCAAAGGAGAAGAUAAACACUCCAUUGUUCCCCAAAUCAACCAGGAACAAAAUAAAAGUGUCUUCCAACACCGAUCUUCGGAGGCCCCAAUUCUUUGUUCCAUCUGCGGAACAAGGACUGAAAUGUAUAUCAAAGAUUCUAUGACAUUCAGCUACUCAGAGAUACAGCUAGCAACAAAUGAUUUUUCAAAGGAGAACUUAUUAGGAGAAGGUGGAUACGGUCAUGUGUAUAAAGGUGAGCUCAAGGAUGGACAGCAGAUUGCAGCAAAGGUACGGAAAGAAGCAAGUCAACAAGGCUUUACAGAAUUUCACUCUGAGGUCUAUGUCUUAAGUUUUGCACGCCACAAGAACAUAGUCAUGCUGUUGGGCUAUUGUUGCAAGGAGAAUCUAAAUAUCUUGGUUUAUGAAUAUAUUUGCAACAACUCUCUUGAGUGGCACUUAUUUGAUGAUAACACAGCAAUCCUCGAAUGGCACCAAAGGCAUGCUAUCGCCAUUGGAACUGCAAAAGGAUUGCGUUUCCUGCACGAAGAAUGUCGUGGAGGUCCUAUAAUUCAUCGAGACAUGCGACCAAGCAAUAUACUUCUUACACACGAUUAUGUUCCCAUGGUGAAUUAA